CAAAAAGACUGUUUAGUGUUUUUGACUUCCAUAGUUGUGUGUUGCACUCCGCGUUAUACUUCCUUCUUCGAGCGAAGUUAAUCGUCUGUGUGUGUAGCAGCAGUAUUACUUUUUAGGAGAACGUGGGUGGAGAAGAACUGCGGAACGAAAGAUUUAUUAACACCGUGUCUGCCGCCGUCGUCAACAGCAACAGCAAUAACCAGAACGGUACAUCUGUUCGUUGGACAUUAGCACUUGAAAGUCGAAGAAAAAAAUUGAGAUCCAGUGUGUCCCAGUGUGGCCAGUGGGGGUUUGCGAUAGCAACUUAAUCCCCUUCCCGUGCAACAAGAAAAAAAACUGCGUCGAGCCACCGAGCAAAGAGUAGACAGCCCCAUCGGCAAAGAGGAAGUGUGGUAUAAAAAGUGCAAUUUGUCGUUUGAUCGAUGUGACAGGAAUAAGCGAUGACCAAAAACGGCACGUCUCGCGAUUGCUGGCUGCACUAUUGAAAGAAGAAAAAAUUGUGAGCAAAAAAAAUGACACAAAACGCCGUUUUACAGUGAAGUGUCCCCAGCGGGAACAAAGCGGAAUACCACACAGCAACGGUUCGCUUUCACUACUCCAGCCGAUGCCGCUUCACAGUUUGCGUGUGCCUUUUGUGACAUCAGGUUCAGUUUAGAUGAUAAUCAUAACCAGUUUUUAAUUGUUAUCGAAGAAAAACAGUGAUUUGGUGAGAAAGAGUCAAGAGCGGAAGCACUCCGAAAAACGAGGAAUUCACUCACUCCGAUAGUCCGAUGCGUAGCGUUGUGCCAAGGUGUGUCAAUUAGUGACAUAACAUCUUUAUAAUCGAAAAAAGGCCAAAGAGAAGCAAGAAAUAAUUUCAAUUCGCAAAUUUCGAUUCAUGAAGGUGACGUGCAAAGUGAAUGAGUGUCAAUAGGAAGUUAACAAGUGUAAAAUGUACAGUGCCGUGCGAAUGUAAGUGACUACGGGGGGGCUUAGUGUAACUAGGGCAGCUGAAAUGGGUUUCUCAUCGGCUCUUCAAGGCAGAGCGGCGCACGAAGCGCUGCUAAAUCGGCAAGAAGCGGAGCUGAAGCUGUUGGAAACAAUGAAGCGCUGCAUGAUUCAGAAGAGCAAAUGCGACAAGGAGUACGCGGCUUCGCUGGCCGCUUUGACUCAGCAGGGUCUCAAAAUUGACCGCAGCGACGAUCUACAAGGCAGCCACGUAACCCGUGCCUGGCGGUCCUAUCUAGAGGAGGUGGAGCACACAGCUAAACAAAUCAAGACAAACGCCGAACAGCUAGAAGCCGUUUGUCUCGACAAAUUGGCUCACCUGUAUCAGGACAAACGUCGAGUGCGGAAACAGUACCAAGAGGAGCACACCAAGAUUGCAACGAAAUUCAGCCAUAUAACAGAAGAUGUCGCUAGGAAGAAAACAGAAUACCAGAAGCAUUUGGAGUAUUAUAAGCUGCUAAGGGGACGAUUCGAGGAAAUUAUCAAAUCCGGUAGAUCCGGUCGCAAAUUAGACGACGUCAUCGAUAAGUACCAGAAGGCCUGCCGCAAGCUACACUUAGCGCACAAUGAAUAUGUACUGCUGCUCAGUGAGGCAGCCGAAAUCGAGAAGGACAUUCGAACGAUACUGCUACCUGGUUUGUUAGAGCACCAGCAAUCCCAACAGGAAGGCUUCAUUCUGACGUGGCGCAACCUGCUGCAGGAAAUAUCCCGACUGGGCGAUAGCACGUCCGAGAAGUUCGUUGAAAUCCAAAAACGGAUAGAGUCCAACAUUAGCAGUAUCACCCCGGCGGAAGAGUACCGGGAAUUCACGGAAAAACAUAAGACGACACCUACGGCACCGGUGCUGUUCCAGUUUGACGAAUCGUUAGUGGAGGACAGCCUGGGAAAGCUGCAGGCUAACACGCUAACGGUUGACAAUCUGACGGUGGACUGGCUCAAAACACGCCAAACCGAGCUGGAAUCGUCGAUCAAGGAUCUACAGGAAGUGCAAAGCAAACUCUGCCAGGAGAAUGGUACCACUAACGGUAACACUAGCAAUGGCAUCGCCAGCACCAAUGGAAGCAGCGGGGGAAGUGGUAGCAGCAGUCCGUCCACUCCUAUCCUGAAUGGAUCCAACGGAAACGUCAUCAAAGACAGUAGCUCUAAGAAUUCCAAGGAACUGGUUGCUCUACGCUGUCAGGAGCGACAAAUGCAGAAGCAGGUCGAAAUGAUCCGGGCGGCGCUUAAUGAUGUUGGCUGUGAAGAGCUGCCCUCCGGUUGUGAUGACAUUUCCUCGAUGGAACACCUAAUUGAAAAUAAAAAGUCUGCAAGUCAAGAUCUGUCGAUGACACUCUCCACCAAUCGGCCGCUGUAUGAGGAAGAAUGGUUCCACGGUGUGUUACCACGUGAGGAGGUGGUUCGAUUGCUGCGCAAUGAGGGAGACUUCCUGGUUCGUGAGACAACCAGAAACGACGAGAGCCAAACAGUACUGAGUGUUUGCUGGAACGGACACAAGCAUUUCAUCGUACAGACGACAGCAGAGGGUCACUUCCGCUUCGAAGGUCCAGCAUUUCCCAGCAUACAGGAAUUGAUCAUACAUCAGUACCAAUCGGAACUGCCGGUUACUGGCCGCUCCGGCGCCGUACUCCGCAAACCAGUAUUACGAGAACGAUGGGAACUCAGCAACGACGAUGUGAUACUGCUGGAUAAAAUUGGACGAGGUAAUUUUGGUGAUGUGUACAAGGCUAAGCUCAAGUCCUCGAAGAACACACUUGUUGCGGUCAAAACUUGUCGAAUGACGCUGCCCGAGGAGCAGAAGCGCAAGUUUCUACAGGAGGGUCGCAUCCUAAAGCAAUACGAUCAUCCAAACAUCGUGAAGCUGAUCGGAAUCUGCGUGCAAAAGCAACCGAUUAUGAUCGUAAUGGAGCUAGUUUCCGGCGGAUCGUUGUUGAUGUUUCUACGCAAAAAUGCUGCCACACUCGCUCAGAAGCAGCUGAUGGCCAUGUGUCGGGAUGCCGCAGCAGGCAUGCGUUAUCUAGAAUCUAAAAACUGCAUCCAUCGUGAUUUGGCCGCCCGGAACUGUUUAAUUGGUAAUGAGAAUAUUGUCAAAAUUUCCGAUUUCGGAAUGUCUCGCGAGGAAGAAGAAUAUAUCGUAUCCGGUGGAAUGAAGCAAAUUCCAAUCAAAUGGACGGCUCCGGAGGCGCUAAACUUUGGUAAGUACACAUCGCUUUGUGAUGUGUGGUCUUACGGCAUCCUAGUGUGGGAAAUAUUCAGCCGAGGAGAUACUCCUUACUCGGGUCUAAGUAAUUCUCGCGCUCGGGAGCGAAUCGACGAGGGCUACCGGAUGCCGGCACCGGAAAAUACUCCUCCAGAAAUGUACCGGCUCAUGCUGAAGUGUUGGUCGUACGAACCGGAGAACCGUCCCCAUUUCGAUGAAAUUUUCACCGUCGUGGACGCUUUGAUGUUAUGUGCCAAGGACUAGCGAAUGGCGAAUGUCUCCCAGCAGAGGAUGGGCCACCAGGGGAACCGAUUGAAAAAGUGUCUUUCGUGCAACAAAAUGUUGCUGCAGUCGAGCCGUGGUGGUUGUCGAAAACGACGACGACAGAAAGCAACACCCCCCGCGAUUGCCAAUUCCCGUUAUUUUUGCUCAUCGGUGGUGCUGCUUACUGCGAAAGCUUAAACGCACACUGCAUCGGCAGGCUAAAGCGGUUUAAUUUUAAAUCGUUGCACAGUGAGGAAAAGUGCAGAGAUGUAUUAUUACUAUUCAAUAGCUCAUGUGCUCCCCGGGGAAACUGAAAAAGGCUUGAGCAUUCUCAUACGGAAAAGUAUUACAAUUCUGGUGCAGCAUUAUCCAGAAAAAGUUAACAAUUUGAAAAAAAAAAGCGCUCAAACCAUUUUGGGUUAACGCAACUUUUUUUGAAUACUUUUCUACACCAGGCUAUAUUGGCUGUGAUUCUUGGCAUUUAAAGUUAUUUCUUGCAUAGCUACGUCGAGGAUCAGAGUUACUGUACAUUGAUGUAAUAAAAAUUGUGUUGAAAAAAGAGAAUACCGGCGAAUUCUUUUUUAUCAGGGUGGUUGUUACCCAGAGGGUCAUUCACCACUUACCGGUGAAAUUGCCAAUCAUGAAAAUUUACCUUAAAUGUGUAGUUCUUCAGCUUACCUAUGAGGAUACGGCUGUAUUUUAAUGAGUAUCCUUGGUGAACAUGUGUGUCUUUAGCAUUGUGAUACAGUUGUGCAUUUUUCCUCGGUGUGCGUUGUUUUAAUUUAUCAUACAAAAUAAUUUUGUUUUAGUUAGAAUAAAACGCUUCGAGAUUUUAGUUGAUGAUAGAGUAUACUGCAACGAUGAUUUUAUGUAAGUGCUAAUAAUGUCGUGGUUCGAUUGAUCUUUUAGAGCAGGUUUUAGAAAAUAAAUACUGCUAAGUUUUAGGAAUUGAAACGAUGAUUUGAAUGUGGUCAACGAUGUACGGAAUUGAUACUGUAGUUAGGUCAAAUAUAAGGGUUUUGUGAUAAGAAAUUUUAUGUUUAUGUUAAAGGAAAAACUGUUCUGCUCUAUAGGCUUUUUAUUGGAGUUUAUUAUACAUCUUUCAGCAACGCUUACACGCUAAACCAGUAAAAUGGCUCAGUAAAACGACACAUACAGUUAAGUAACGGUAAUAAAAUGCGCACACUUAUUCGAUAGGUAUCCAUUCAUAGGAAUUAUUUAGCAGUAUACAAAAAUAAAAGAAGCUUAACAGGUUUCCAGUGAACGGUAAAAGAAAACGAAUCACAUUAUUGGAAGUUAUUGGCAAGCAAGAAUGACGCAAUUUUGUAAUCUAAGUAAUAUUGUAAGAUCUAUUAGGAAAACUAUUCAAAAUAAUCCGACCAUGUCAGUACCGAAAAAGCAGCUUUUCAACGAACAUGAAAUUAA